UUAUGGCAUUGUCGGACCUCAAGACCAAGAAUAUAACGGUAGAGCAGCGCCACGUCGGACGAGGCGGGCCCACCAUCCACCACUACAACUCAACCCACCAUUUAAAACCCCAACAAUCCGUGUCCUACUUUUCCAACUCUCCCAAUUUAAUUUUAACGAACACAAAGUAAUUAUUGCUCCACGGCGGCGUAUUCUCCAUGUCCCUAUCAGAGCCGCCGCGCCUCCGCCGUGGAGCCCCCUCGCCCCUCUACAAGCAGAAUUCGUGGUCGCCCGACAUCCUCCGCGACGAGGCCUGGACCAACCGCCGGAAGAAUCAUAGCCUGCUGCGUGGCCGCAGCUUCACCGAAGAUGAUCUCGAGGAGCUCCGCGCCUGCUUCGAAUUAGGAUUCGACUUUGAUUCCACCGAUUCGAAUCCGAAGCUAUCGUCCACUUUUCCUGCGCUUGAGUUGUACCAUGCUGUGAACCGGAACUACUCCAACAGCUUGUCUCGAUCUUCUUCGGCGUCGUUUUCCGAUUCCGAUUCGGCCGCGUCGACUGCCGGGAGCACCGAUUUUAUUGUUAGUCCAGGUGAUAAUCCUGAGAUUGUGAAGACGAGGUUGCGGCAAUGGGCGCAGGUGGUGGCGUGUUCGGUGCGCCAAUCUUCACCAAUUUGUUGCGAUUCAGAUGGCUGUUUGGGGAAAAAGGGUAGUGGAGAAGAGAGAGAAAAAACGAUUUUGCAUCUUUAGACUUUUCUUUUUCUUUUUUCCCUGAAUUUCCUGUUACAAAUUGCACUUGUGAAAUUUUUGCUGCUGUAUUCGGUGGUGGGAGAGAAUUUUUUAUGUUUGUGUCUGGAUUUUCUAAUUAAUUUAGAAAUUUGUGGUA